AUGCGCGCAAACCCGCUGACAACGCUCUCCCGAAAACCAGGCAACUUUCCCUUCACCACCAUCGACCCCCAAAGAGCAAUCGGCUACCUCCAGAUCGACUGCGCCUGCGCCCGCCACAACGUCUCGGACCGCUGCAAGCCCAACUACGGCGCCUGCGUCGACGGCCGCCGCUCCGUGCCCAUCGAGCUCCUCGACGUAGCCGGCCUCGUCCCCGGCGCCCACCAGGGCCGCGGCCUGGGCAACAAGUUCCUCGACGACCUCCGCCACGCCGACGCCCUAAUACACGUCGUCGACGCCUCGGGCACGGUGGACGCCGAGGGCAAGGAAACGCGCGGCUACGACCCCUCCGUCGACAUCGCCUGGCUGCGGAGCGAGAUCGUCGCCUGGAUCCUCGGCAACCUCAUGCAGCGAUGGCCCAGCAUCCGCCGCCGCCACGUCGCCGUCAAGGCCACCGCCGUGGAAACCCUCCAGGGCCAGUUCUCCGGGUACGGCGCCACGUCGACCGUCAUCGCCCGCACCCUGGACAGGGCCGCCGUCAAGGAGCCCCUCGAGGAAUGGUCCGACGAGACGGUCGCGCACAUUGUCAACGCCUUUGUCGACGAGAAGUUCCCCACCGUCAUUGCCCUCAAUAAAAUCGACCAUCCGGACGCCGACAAGAACAUUUCCAAAAUCGCAAAGAUGCAGGACCCCAAAACAAUCGUUCUCUGCUCCGCAAUCUCGGAAAUCUUUUUGCGGAAAAUGGCCAAACAGGGGUACAUAAAGUACGUCGAGGGGAGCGAGUUCAUAGACACGCGCGAGGAUCUCAUUGAGCAGGGCGACCCCGACGGCGGGGGCCUGAAAGAACUGGAUGAGAAGAAUCGCAACCGGAUAGAGAACCUAAAGGACAUGGUGCUCUACCGGUUCGGGUCGACGGGCGUCGUGCAGGUUCUGACGAGGGCGGCAGAGCUGCUAGGGCUGGUCCCCGUGUUUCCGGUGAGGAAUACAGCAACCUUUAGCUCCGGGGCGUCAGAGUCCAAGGUUGUGUUUCGGGAUUGUGUGCUCGUCAAGAAGGGGUCGACGGUGGGGGAUGUUGCGAAGAAGGUCAUGGGAGAUGCGCCGAUUGCCUAUGUUGAAGGUAUUGGGGGUUUGAGAGUGGCCGAGGACGAUUACGUUGCUGUUGGGAAGAAUGAUAUAUUGUCCUUCAAGGUUGGCAGGGGAUAA